ACCGAGACUCGAACCGUCCCGACACACACUGCACUCAGACCGCGUACAGACAGUUCGCCGGCAAAGUCAAUGAGAGCCGGGUCAGGUAAACCACCGACACCGCUGGACUGACUGAAAUUUUUUAGCAAAAACACCGAAUAAAACACCGCUGUAAUUCGCCGCCCCCCCAAGUGUCCCACCCCCGAAAAACAGUGUCCCACUCGCGAGUUGUCAAAUUCAGACACGUGCAACUUUAUCUAUCAGUGAGCUGUGAAUAUAUCGCCAUUUUGGACCUGCUAAGGACUUCCUUGUGUCCCAGUGUGUUUCAGUUCGAUAACAAUCCUAUUUUCGCAAGGCGAAGGACUAAACCUUCACCGUAGCUUAGUUUAGUGCCUCCUACUAGAACUAUCACUUACCGGGUCUCUGCGUUCAAACGCAUUGCAUAACCAAUGACAGAAAGUGUGGUCAGGCAAGUCGAAAGAGAUGGGAAGUGAGCACUACUGCCUGAGGUGGAAUAAUCAUCAAAGCAACCUAUUGGGGGUCUUCAGUCAGUUGCUACGCGACGAAAGUCUAGUGGAUGUGACUCUGGCCUGCUCGGAGGGCCAUUCGAUACGAGCGCAUAAGGUUGUCUUGUCGGCUUGCUCAUCCUAUUUCCAGACGUUGUUCGUCGACCAUCCCAGCAGACAUCCGAUAGUCAUCUUGAAGGACGUAAGGUUCGCGGAACUGCGCACUCUUAUCGACUUCAUGUAUAAGGGCGAGGUCAACGUCGAGUACUGUCAACUGUCAGCUCUGCUCAAAACUGCCGAAAGCCUUAAGGUCAAAGGUCUGGCCGAAAUGACGCGAGACUACAAACAGGAACCGGAACAAACAGAACCCAAGGAGCUGGUUGGCCGAAGACCUGCCAGCUCUGGGCUCCAACCGGUGCACAACCAACUGCCCAGGCCUGCCACCCCUUUGGAGGACAUGGACGGUGGUCAAAAUUCGCCCGCGUCCUCAGUGCAAAACCUGAGGGUCUGCAAAAGUCCUUCCGAGAGGGAAAGGGAGCGAGACAGGGACAGGGACAGUCUAAGUGGAAAGAGACCUCCAUCGGCGGAAGACACGUCAAGUGCCGAAUGUGGACCCAGCGACUUGGUGAUCCACAACAACAGCACCACUGUUAGCGUAACCGGAACCGGAAGCGGAAGCGUGUGCCUUCCGCAGCCGCCUCUAAGAACGGAAGUGUCGAAUCCCACGGCUGUCAUCUGCCACAGGCCAUCGUCACCGUUGAAUUGCGAGCCUCUGCCCGGACCUUCGAAUAUGCCUCCCGUUCAGCAAGUGCCUCUGAGUCUUAAAAAAGAAGUGGAUUGGGGUGGAGGAGAGGAAAAAAAUUCGGGAGAGACUUCAUCAGAUUAUUCGCGACAUCCACAUGAUUCUACCCUUCCAGAGACUGACCGCUGCGUCGGUUCCCCCGUCCUAGACCGUCCAUCUUCGACGCAAAGCAGCCGCUGCUCCACGCCGUUCGCGCUGCCCUUUCACCCCAACAUCCCCCCUGGGCUCCUGGAAGUCGGCCUGAUGCAUCCAGCCGCCCUGCUGGCCGAGGAGAUGUUCCGCUGCUCCUCCUGUAUGGCCGCCUUUCCCUCCUUGUGGCUUUUAGAGCAGCACACCGCCCUACAGCACAUCGGAUCGCUAGGCGAGAUGGGUUCAAUAGACAAACCUUUUGUGUGUGAGCAAUGCGGGCAAAGCUAUCGCUACAGAUCCGCCUAUGUGAAGCACCGAGAACAAAACCACCGUGCUCGUUUACCAGCCGAUAAACUUUUUUCUUGCGACGUGUGUGGAAUGCAGUUCAGGUACUUGAAGUCCUUCAAAAAGCAUCGUUUAAACCACGCCUUGGAAAAGCUGCACGGGAAAAGCGGGGAAGCACCUGUGAGAGAGCCGAGGGAAAAAAGCAGGGAACGGGAAAAAGACGAGAGCGAUUGCGGAGAAACCUCAAAGCAAAGUAACCUGGAAAGUAGUGAUCAAGUAUCAAGUUCUAACGAAACUCUUACUGUUGAAGAUGUCGUGGUGAAAAAAGAAAACAUCACAGAGGAUGCAGCCGAAGGCGCCUCGUCGGACGCCGAACGCACCGAGGCCGACCAGGACGACACCAUCGACUCCAUGGCCGCCUUCCCUUUCGCUGGAACGGCCGCCGCGACGGAACUGCUGCGCACGGCGCGCGAAUCUUCCAUCAUAAACUUCCUGCGCGCCGACUCGGCUGAAAGGCAGCGCGAGCGCCGGUUCGCGUGCCCGUUCUGCGGCAAGUGCGUGCGCAGCAAGGAGAACCUGAAGCUGCACGUGCGCAAGCACACCGGCGAGCGGCCGUUCGUGUGCCUCUUCUGCGGGCGCGCCUUCGGCGGCAAGAGCGACCUGACGCGCCACCUGCGCAUCCACACCGGCGAAAGGCCGUACCACUGCGACAUGUGCGGCAAGUGCUUCGCUCGCGCGGACUACCUCUCGAAGCAUCUCACCACGCACAUCAACACGCCGCGCUGAUGACGUCCGAAGGGGGAGCCGCAGGGGUCCGAUCCGUAGCCGUUUCCUCGUCAAAGCUCUGCAGCGUUAGUUAAGCACGUUCCGCGAUUUUUUUCUUGCUGACGCUUUCAAAUCGCGCGGUUCCCGAAAAAGGUGAUAUUUUUUUUGUUUACGUUUUUUAUAAAUUUAAUUUUAAUUUUAUUGAAAGUUGC